AUGCUUCCGCAGGACAUGUCGAUAGCCUGUAUGCGGACGUACAAACUCGAAGAGAACGAAGCGCUCGAGGGACGGCAGGUCGUCAGCGUGUCCGAUGAGGCGAGCGGGAGGACUAUCUGGACGAACACCCGCGAACUUGUCGGCGACGUGAUCGUCUCAACCGUCUUCGACUCGCUACACAACCCACGCUGGAGCGUCCACCGCCCAACUCGAGGCUGGUACCUCCGUCUCCGCCGUGUUUCCCUCCCUCCCUCCUCCUCUGAAUCCGACAAGCCUCCGCUUCCUCAUCCAGAUGACGCCCGCCUGAUCGAGCUCCGAGCCGUCAAGCGCUCGAAGCGUACUCGACCCGAACGAAGCGGCAUCGAACUCGACUUCCGCACCGACACCCUCUCCUUCCCCUCUUCCGCCUCUUCGUCCUCCUCCUUCGACGCCCAACAAACUCGCGACGAAACCCGACUUGACAUGUCACCUACCGUCGAGCUUUCCUUCCCCACAGCUCGUGCGACGAGCGCGACUUCCACGUCUCCGACUCGACAUCGCAAACGACCUUCGUCUGUCUCUGCUAGCCCGGUGGAUCCGCACUCCUCCAUGUCGGCCAAUCCUGAGCCGGAAGAUCCAGUGGAACGGCCGGUCAGACAGCGGGUGAUGUCGACUUUUCGCGUUCGGCCUCUUGCACGACCGCGAGCAGGCGGAGUGAGCGCGCUGUUUAGACGAGUCAAGAGCUUGGUUUGGGAGGACGAGCCGCGAGGAUUUGAGUGUGUGUGGUGGAGCUCGGUUGCGAGGCAGGACGGUGCGGAGAAGGCGAGCGAGGUGGAGGAGGGAGAGGGGCUGGACGAGGUGGAAGAGGCGGAGCGAGUGGUCCUGCGCUUCGUCGAGCAGCCUACUUCCUUUCUCCACCCCCGACUCUCCGGCUCACUCUCCCUCUCCCCCUCGCUCAUCGACGCCUCAACCCUCGAACCGAGUUUCUGGGUCACCCUCGCGUUUGCGGUGUGUGAGUGUGAGGAGGAGCGCGAGGGGUGGGAGGCGGCGAGGGAGGGAUGA